AUGGCGAUCCCAAGUUGGCUUUUUGGCUUUGUGAGCCUCCUCGCUCUGGUCUCUUUGUCGUCGGCGCAGACCUGCUGGAGAAAUACCGUUUGUUCUGGUCCCAAAAACAGUGCUUUUUCCGGCCCCUGGGAGAAAAACAUCUAUGCGCCGUCAUCGCGAACCGUCAGCCCCAAAAAAGUCCUGUCGGUAUCCACGCCAACCAAGUCCACCAAGUACAACGAUUCCAUCCCGUUCUCUUUGUCGGGGAAUGGCUCGAGCGUUGUUUUCGAUUUCGGUAUCGAGGUCGGCGGCAUUGUCACUCUGAAUUAUUCGUCGUCGGACAAAGGUAUCCUGGGAUUGGCCUUCACCGAAUCCAAGAAAUGGAUCGGGGAAUGGUCUGAUUCAUCGGAUGGCGCCUUCCAAGGUCCCGAUGGCGCGCUCUAUGCCUCCUUCUCUAACCCCGGAAAUGAUUCCUACGUCAUGCCCGAUAAGUACCUCCGCGGAGGGUUCCGAUAUUUGACCGUUUUUCUACUCGCGGAGGACGACUCCACUGUCAAUAUUGAGGAUGUGAGCCUGGAGAUAGGGUUCCAGCCUACGUGGGCGAAUCUUCAAGCCUACCAGGGGUAUUUCCACUCAGAUGACGAGCUCCUCAAUCGGAUCUGGUACAGCGGCGCCUAUACCCUGCAAACCAAUGCGGCACCCGUGAAGACCGGUCGUCAAGUUCCCAUGCUUAAAGAAGGCUGGGCCAAUAAUGCCACCAUGGGACCGGGCGAUACCAUUCUCAUGGACGGGGCGAAGCGAGACCGUGCCGUGUGGCCAGGUGAUAUGGGCAUUGCCGUGCCCGCCUCGUUCGUCAGCACGGGAGAUCUGGAGAGCGUGAAGAAUGCGCUGCAGGUGAUGUACGAUAAGCAGGCGAGCAAUGGGGCGUUCGACGAAUCCGGCCCACCCCUGAGCCAGAAGAACUCGGACACCUACCACAUGUGGUCGAUGAUCGGAACAUACAAUUACUUUCUCUACACGAACGACACCGAAUUCCUGUUAGACAACUGGGAGGGAUACCAGAAGGCCAUGGACUAUGUCUACAAGAAGGUGGACAAAUCCAGCGGCCUGCUGAACGUGACUGGCACGCGCGAUUGGGCCCGAUGGCAGCAGGGAUACAACAACACUCAGGCACAGAUGAUUUUGUACCAUACCUUGAAGACCGGCGCACAGGUUGCCUAUUGGGCAGCGAACUCGACACCUCUCGCCACCAAAUGGAACGAUCAGGCCGACGACCUACGGAAAGCAAUCAACAAGCACUGCUGGGAUGACGGGUACGGCGCCUUCAAGGACAACGCCACGGAUACGAGCCUCUACCCACAAGACGCCAACAGCAUGGCACUACUCUACAGAAUCACCAACCAGGAGCGCGCAGAGAAGAUCUCGAACCGACUCACGAAGAACUGGACUCCCAUCGGGGCUGUCACGCCCGAGCUGCCCGGGAACAUCUCCCCAUUCAUCUCGUCGUUUGAGAUCCAGGGCCAUUUCGAAGCCGAUCGCUCCGAUCGAGCCUUGGAACUCAUCCGCCGCAGCUGGGGCUGGUACCUGAACAAUCCCAACGACACCGAGAGCACCGUGAUCGAGGGAUACCUGGCGGACGGCACGUUUGGGUACCGGUCUGAUCGGGGGUACUCGCACGACGAGUCGUACGUGUCGCAUGCGCACGGAUGGUCCGCGGGCCCGACGUCCGCGCUGACGAACUACGUUCUCGGUCUCAGCAUCACGUCGCCGUUGGGUCUGACGUGGAAGAUUGCGCCGCAUUUCGGCGACCUGAGCACGGUGGAGGGCGGGUUCAGCACCUCGCUCGGCAAGUUCCAGGUGGCGUGGAAGCGGAAGCCGGAUGAGUAUACGCUGCAUUUCUCGGUGCCGGAGGGCACCCGCGGGGAUCUGGCGCUGCCGUUUGUCAGACGUGGUGAGAGACCGUCGAUCACGAUCGAUGGGAAUGAUGUCUCGAGGGGUGUGAACUAUACGGAUGGCACGGCGUCUGUUCGACUUUCCCGCCCGGCCAACUCCAUCCACUCCAAUCCACCACCAACCAACCAAACCGAACCCAAUCGUCAGCAAAAAGAACAAAACAACAUGACAUUACCACCUACAAUCCAGCGCACGAUGCAUCUAUCCCGGCGUAGCUGCGGACAAUGCACAAUGCGCCGAACCACCCUCCGGCCGACGACAACCGUAACCCGCUUCCUCAGCACCGCCCGACCUCUCCGCAAUGCCGCCGCAAAGCCCAACCCCCUCCGCAGCGCCGGGCCCGGUCCCAUGCAAAAGGAACAGUUCACGCAGGCCCGACGAUCGAUGACGCUCUCAGCAGCCGGGAUCGCCGCGUGCGCGGUCGCCAUGUACGGUGUCAUCCAGCUGGACUUGUUCGGGGUGGGAGCGGUAGACGGAUCGGGGCAGGAGGGGGAAACGCAGACGCAGACGCAGACACAAUCUGGAGCCAUGAAGCUCGACGGACCGGAUGGAUUCACGGGUACUCCAUCGGUGAUCCGGAUCCAGGGACAAGAUGGAGUAGAGCAGGUCGAGACGGGGACGAGUUCUGUACCGCAGUUCCCAAGCACGAUUCGGUUGCCGAAGAGGCUGGAUGCGAAGGCGCUGAAACCCGGCGAUGAGGUUCCCGUGGAGGGCACGCCCGUUAUCGCGGACGACGGCGCGGAGGAGGAGAAAGGGGAAGAGACGUAUCAGCUGCUUGGGCUGGGGAUCCGGACGGUGUCGUUCCUGCGGAUUCAGGUGUACGUGGUGGGCAUGUAUGUGGCGACGUCGGAUCUGCCGGAGUUGCAGCAGCGAUUGGUAAAGACGGCUGUGAAGCCGCCCGGCGAGGCCCAGAUCAUUGAUGUCCCUGGCGCUACGUCCGCCACGUCGCUGGUUUCGACGGAACGGCAGCAGCUGCGCGAGUUGUUGCUGGACCCCGAGCGUGGUGACGCUGCGUGGGAUGCCAUCUUGAAGACGGACGGUCUGCGCACGGCGUUCCGGAUCGUGCCCACGCGCAACACUGACUUCCUGCACCUGCGGGAUGGAUGGGUGCGCGGCAUCACGGGCCGGGCGCAGCAGGCGAGCGCGAAGGCGCGCGAGGCCCAGCAGCAACAGCAGCAGCAACAAGGGGGCCAGAAGACGCAGCAGAAGCCGGGCGAAUUCGAGGACGAGACCUUCGGCGCGGCGAUGAACGAGUUCAAGGGUCUGUUUGGCGGUGGACAGCGCAAGAAUGUGCCCAAGGGGCAGACGCUUCUUCUGGUGCGGAACGCGCAAGGGCAGCUGGAUGCGCUGUUCUACCCGGAGGCGAAGAAGCCGGCGCGGUUCCUAGGCCGGGUGCAGGACGAGCGCAUCAGCCGGCUGGUGUGGUUGAACUAUCUGGCGGGGAAGAACGUGUCGAGCGAGGGAGCGCGGCAGAGCGUGGUGGACGGGGUGAUGGGCAUUGUGGAACGACCGGUGGGCACGGUGGUGCAGAAGGUGGUUUGA